CCGAGGCGGAGCGGGAGCGCGGCGGGGCCGCGGCGGGGGCAGAAAAUGGCUGUUCCACCUGUUUAUGCUGAUCUGGGCAAAGCUGCCAGAGAUGUUUUCACCAAGGGAUAUGGUUUUGGGUUAAUAAAGCUUGACUUGAAAACGAGAUCUGAAAAUGGACUGGAAUUUACAAGCUCAGGUUCAGCAAACUCAGAAACAAGCAAAGUUAGUGGUAGUUUGGAAACAAAAUACAAAUGGGUGGAAUAUGGAUUGAUGUUCACAGAAAAGUGGAACACUGACAACACACUAGGCACUGAGAUCACUCUGGAAGAUCAGCUUGCACGGGGCCUGAAGCUGACCUUUGACUCCACCUUCUCUCCUAACACUGGGAAAAAGAGCGCUAAAAUAAAGUCAGGAUACAAGAGGGACCACAUCAACCUCGGCUGUGACAUGGACUUCGAUAUCGCGGGGCCCUCGAUACGCGGGGCCCUCGUGCUGGGCUACGAGGGGUGGCUGGCGGGCUACCAAAUGACCUUUGAGACAGCCAAGUCCCGGGUAACCCAGAGCAACUUCGCUGUUGGCUAUAAGACUGAUGAGUUCCAGCUUCACACUAAUGUGAACGACGGAACGGAGUUCGGCGGCUCCAUUUACCAGAAGGUGAAUGAUAAACUGGAAACAGCCGUGAAUCUCGCCUGGACAGCUGGAAAUAGCAACACUCGCUUUGGAAUAGCAGCCAAGUAUCAGAUUGACCCAGAUGCCUCUUUUUCCGCUAAAGUGAACAACUCCAGUCUGAUCGGGUUAGGAUACACUCAGACUUUAAAGCCAGGUAUCAAACUGACAUUGUCAGCUUUGCUGGAUGGCAAGAACGUCAACGCGGGUGGUCACAAACUUGGUCUAGGACUGGAAUUCGAAGCAUAAGGAGUGAUUUCCCAAUUGCUAAUCUGAAAACACAGCAUAGCUACCUUCAGAAUAUAGUGUACCUUUCAAUGUUUUGUCUGGGGUGCGAGUAUUGCUACGUAUCAGUCCUGCUAGUCCUGGUUAAAGACAGCUAAGCUUUAAAAAUGAUGUUGUUAAAGAAGCGGAGACAAAAGCAUAAAAAAAAAAAAAAAUCCUAAUGCCAGGCUUUUUUUCUUCAUGUAAUUGCUCAUCACAUCUGUCAACUGCCACGUGCUAGGAAGGAGGAAGGCGCUGAUUACCUCUGCUAACGUGUUGAUGGCACAAGGGACGUGUUGAUGUGGUCUCAGACCUGAGGAUUUCGGUGCAGACCCUACACUCCAUUGUACUGUUAAUUCCGUGAGCAAAACCUUCCGACACUCGGGGUUUCGGCUGACGAGGGAAUGUGCAAACUUGUCUGAAAAAGGGAUUUUAAAAUAUUCUUUUUUUUUUUUUUUUUUUUUUUUUUUAGCUCUGUAUUCCAUGAAUGGUUUGUUUGUCUUCUUUGGUUAUCCCCACCCCUCCAGCUGUCUCCAGAAUGCUUGAGGUUGUCCACCUUGUCCAAGUGCGUCUCGGAGGAGGUUUGAUGUGACUCAGCCAAUACUGCCUGUCCUGUGUUGUGGUUCCUUCCCCUUGCACUGACCGGAAAGCUUGUAAAAACAGACAGAAUCAGGGAAGAGUCUUUGCAACUGCAAUCACACGGUUGCAUCGCUGAAUCUAAAACGGGAAGUUUUGUUUUAUUACCACUUUUUUUUAGCAACUAAAUGGGUACAUUUUUAGAGAGUCUUCCAUUUUGUGUGGAACUAGACCCCAAAAUGCUGUACUUGACACUACUAAAAAUGGAUAAAAAAACCCAAACCCGACUUGAAUAAAAUAUUGAAAUGUCACUUUUUA